AUGCUUUCAUUCAUUCACAGGCGCCUGAGCAACCGCCUGAGCAACCGCCUGAGCAACCGCCUUAGCAACCGCCUUAGCAACCGCCUUAGCAACCGCCUGAGCAACCGCCUGAGCAACCGCCUGAGCAACCGCCUGAGCAACCGCCUUAGCAACCGCCUGAGCAACCGCCUGAGCAACCGCCUGAGCAACCGCCUGAGCAACCGCCUGAGCAACCGCCUGAGCAACCGCCUUAGCAACCGCCUGAGCAACCGCCUGAGCAACCGCCUGAGCAACCGCCUUAGCACCCGCCUUAGCACCCGCCUUAGCACCCGCCUUAGCACCCGCCUUAGCACCCGCCUUAGCACCCGCCUUAGCACCCGCCUUAACACCCACCUUAACACCCGCCUUAACACCCGCCUUAGCAACCGCCUUAGCAACCGCCUUAGCAACCGCCUUAGCACCCGCCUGAGCAACCGCCUGAGCAACCGCCUUAGCACCCGCCUUAGCACCCGCCUUAGCACCCGCCUUAGCAACCGCCUUAGCAACCGCCUUAGCAACCGCCUUAGCAACCGCCUUAGCAACCGCCUUAGCACCCACCUGAGCAACCGCCUAAGCAACCGCCUUAGCGCCCGCCUGAGCAACCGCCUUAGCAACCGCCUGAGCAACCGCCUGAGCAACCGCCUGAGCAACCGCCUUAGCAACCGCCUUAGCAACCGCCUUAGCAACCGCCUUAGCAACCGCCUUAGCAGCCGCCUUAGCAACCGCCUUAGCAACACGUCUGUCCUUGUUAUGGAGUGA